AUAUGCGACGCGACGUUCAAGAAAUAUACCGGAACACACCACAUGGCAAACAAGUUAUGAUGUUCAGCGCCACUCUCAGCAAAGACAUUCGGCCCGUCUGCAAGAAAUUUAUGCAAGAUCCGAUGGAAGUUUAUGUCGACGACGAGGCCAAGCUGACCCUGCACGGUUUGCAGCAGCACUAUGUUAAGCUGAAGGAAAAUGAGAAAAAUAAAAAAUUGUUUGAGCUAUUAGAUGUGCUUGAAUUCAACCAAGUUGUGAUCUUCGUCAAAUCCGUUCAGAGAUGUGUCGCCCUCGCUCAGUUGCUCACGGAACAGAACUUCCCUGCUAUUGGUAUUCAUCGAGGGAUGAACCAAGAGGAACGAUUAUCGCGGUAUCAACAGUUUAAAGAUUUUCAGAAGAGAAUUUUGGUGGCGACAAAUUUGUUCGGCCGCGGUAUGGAUAUCGAACGUGUCAAUAUUGUGUUUAAUUAUGACAUGCCCGAAGAUUCGGACACUUACCUCCAUCGUGUGGCCCGUGCUGGUCGUUUCGGUACAAAGGGUCUUGCCAUCACCUUCGUCUCAGAAGAGAGCGAUGCGAAAAUUUUGAAUGAAGUACAAGAUCGCUUUGAUGUUAACAUUACUGAAUUACCGGAAGAAAUUGAUCUCAGCUCUUACAUCGAGGGACGAUAAGCAGCUCAACGACGGGACGUGUGGAAAAACACAAUUCUUUAAUUGAUAUGAUUGAUAUAAAUCCAUAAUAAGGAUUGUCAGUAUUUACAAAUGAAUUAACAACCUAGAUGGUCAAUGAUAACAGAAAGAUUAUAUUUUAAUUAUUCUAAUACAUAAUUGCGUACUGGUUGAUUUCCAUGUUCUGUUUGUGAAAAUUGUGAUUAAUUCUGUAUGUAAGCUAGAAUUUAUUUAAUACUUUUGACGAUGUGAAAAAUAAAGCAUAAAAAUAUAAGAUUGUAAUUGUGAAGCGUAAAACAAA